UUACUUUCAAUUCUUAGUUUGUGGAUAUUGAAUCGAUUACAAAAAAAAAAUAAAAAUAAAAGUGUCGAUGGGUAGGGCAAAGCUUAAUAUGGAAUUGAUCACAAAGGAAAAAUCAAGAAACACAACAUUCAAGAAAAGAAAAGAAGGCCUUAUUCGAAAGAUGCACGAAUUCACCACUCUUUGUGACGUCACCGCUUGCAUCAUCAUCUACGGCCCUCGCUCCGCCUCCUCCUCCUCCUCCGCCGCCGAGCCGGAGAUCUGGCCACCGGCCGCCGACGAAGUCCGCAGAAUCAUCGACAUCUAUAAAGCUAAGAACAAAGAUUCCGGCAACAAAACCUUCGGCAUUUCCGACUUCUUCCACGAUCGGGCCCGAAAAAUCGACGACGAACUCGCGAAAUUGCGGAAGAAAAACAUGGAGGCCAAAUUUCCGACGUGGCACGACUCCAUCGCCGCCAUGUCGGAGCCGCAGCUCCGCUCCCUCGCCGCCUAUCUCGCCGGCCGGGCGGAGUACGUCGCCGCCAGACUCGAAUUCCUUCGGACCACUCGGGAGGGGCUUUGUCUGGGUUUGGAUAUGUCUAAUUUCGCCGAUUUCGGGCAGCAGAGGCUGGCGGCGCCGCCUCCUCAGCCGCGGCUGAAUGUGUACGAAUUGGAGGUUUUUAAGCAGCAGGCCGCCUACUCUGCGGCGGGGAUGGAGCAGCAGCAAAAUCCGAUGAUGGCUCUGCUGCUUAACGACGGCGACUUCGCCGGCGGAUCGGGGGUUGCCGGCGGCGGGAAUAUACAGUGCGCGACGACGUCGUAUAAGCGGCACCAGGUUUUCUACGAGGCGGCGGCCGGCGGCGUCGUUGACCAUCACGUGAUGUGUCAUAGCCCUAAUCCUUUACAGGCCCGCUACUACGGGACGACGGUCUUGUCGCCGGCGCCGCCGCCGUACGGCGCCGUGCCUUUGCCUUUGCCGUUGCCGUUGCCGCCGCCGCCGAUGCAGUUUUCCGGCGCGGUGGAGAGUUAUGAGGAGGGGCAAUUGCAGCAUAAUGUCGCCGGCCCGUCGGGACAGUUUCAGAUGGUUGGAAGAAAUGAUCGACUCCGGCCGCCGCAGCUGCCGGGAAUUUGA